AUGGAAGUCUACAUCGACGACAUAUUGGACAUAUCAAAAAGGAAAGCAGACUAUAUCUACCACUUGAAAGAGGCCUUCGGAAUAUUAAGGCAGUACGGCAUGAAACUGAACCCCGAAAAAUAUGCCUUCGGCGUAACCUCGGGCAAAUUUCUGGAUUUCUUGGUGUCACGGAGAGGCAUCGAAGUCAAUCCAGAACAAAUCAAAGCCAUUGUUGGGAUACCUGAAGUGCUAACCAGCAAGAAGCAGGUGAAAAAACUGACCGGCCGUAUAGCCGCCCUGUCGAGAUUCAUCUCACGUUGCUAUAACAGUCACACUGAGGCACUAAAGCACUGCAGUUCAGCUGGAUCACAGACAACCAAUUGA